AUUCCGGCUUUCUGGCGGCUUGAUUAUUCAAGCGCGCUCUAUCGACCGGCUACUUCUCGAUCGUGAAAGAAGUCAUUCGAUUGCUGAGAUUUACGCUGAUUGUCUAUAAUCUAGAUGCAAACAGGGUGUUGAUGUCAGCGAUACACCGUGAAAGAAACGAAGCUGCUGGUCGAGAUGCAGUUCUUUUUCCAUAGUAAUCACAGCUAGCUAACAGUCGAGCACCUGGGGCCUUUUUCAUAGAUCGGACAAUGGCAAGAGAGAGAGCAGCCACGAUAAUUUCGAUUGUGAUCCUGGCUGUUGCGUGCCUUCACUCUAUCGCCGAAGUCAAGGUCCACGCGGAGGCUGCGUCCUUGAACGAGACCGUGCGUCACGAUGACUACACCGUUAAGGAAAACGUGGCACCUCUCUUUCACAAAUCUGAAAACAAAACCGAUGAAUUUGCGUAUGAUCAUCCUCACAAAAUGUCCGGGAAGCCAACCAAAUUUGAUAUGGAGUUUCAUACGGACGAUAAAGAGGAUUAUCAGAUUGAACCAUCGAGAAUGGCUAAUGUCACAGCUAAUCCAAUUGAAAUGAAUUCAACGACCAGCCAGUCUCUAUCGAAUUCGACGGAAUGCAGAGAGAAACUCAUAGUCUCCUGCAUUCGAAAAGACUUCUCGGAUUUUCUCGAUCGCCUGUCAAGAGUUGACACGUACAACGUAACGGAAUCUGUGCAAAUAAUAAGAAAUCCUGAAGCAAAUGUCACGUGUAAUGAUCGAAGGAAUAACGACGAUACGGAUUCGAAUCUUCUGGAUAAGGUUCAUCGCUACGCCAGGACACACGUCAUGAAAAUACAGCUGAACAAGGAUCUGGGCCUUGUUAGCAAAGCCAGGACGUUCUUUGGUUCGUUCGGUCUGAAGAAACUAUUGCUACCCCUGAUCUUUGGCGUGCAGAUAAUUAAGAGUGUGUUACUCGCCCUCUUCCUACCGAGUAUUAUCGGCAGUAUUGGUAAUAUUGUUGGGAAAGGUGUUUCCUCCUUUGCGCAAUCGUCGCAUACCGCGCCCAUAGCACCCGAGGAAAAUUUCGAGUUCAAGGAUAACACUGACCUGUACAACGACGACUAUCUGACGCGACAACCCUUAGGAACGUUACCAGCAUCCGCCAUGUAUGAUGAGAGCAUGAUGCAAACGCAGAAAAGCCCGGAUAUUGCGUCUCGCUAUGCAUUUGUCGAUACAAAAGUAUCUCACGCAAAUGCGCUUUCGGAUCGUUAUUACACGCGACACGUGGCUUCACACGGACUUUCUAAAAAACAGGACUUUAAGGUCUUCCACGAGAUCCCGACGAGCUCCCUGCUCCUGACGAACUACGACCCGUUUUACUCACCUCUGUUAUCGCGUCUCGACGCCGUGUUCUCCCGUCUCGGCCACAACACAGAAGGCUGCAGGGAAUACGCGGUGUGCGCGAUGUACCGGAAUCCGGCACGAUACGCACCCUACUCGAACCUGGUCUCUGCCCAGCUGUCCAGGGAGUUGAACGAGCUGAGGAAACCCAGCAGCGACAAUCCCGACGUUCUGCGCUUCUUCAGGUACAUGAAGGCCGCCAAGGACGGCCAGGAUGGCGUCAAGUGCGAAGAGAUCUAUGCCGGUUGUGCGCAUGGUCGCGAGGAUCAGACCGCGAAGCAAAAUCAAGCGAUGUUGGCGACGUAUCAAGACAUCAACAAGCUCGUUCAGGCCAGAAAGAUCUAAAAAAACAUAUUUUGUUUAUUAGUAAUUGCUAUCAAUUGCGAAUGCGAUAAAGGAAGAAGAUGCGUCUCGAACUUAGAGCUUUAGAAACAGUCGUCUGUAUAAUUUUGAUCGAAUUUAGUGCAGUUGUUAAAAAGUUCAGCGUCUGCUUUUAAUUCGUUCGCAGAUUUUGUACGUAUGUAAAGUUGAUAGAUAUUCUCUCUCUUAGUGGCGGAUCAUAGACAAAGCGCUCAUCUGAAGCCUCAAGACGCAAAGAUACGAUUUUCAUUUUCGACAAAAUUUAUUAAUUUUUCGAUUUUAUUAAUUUUAGACAUUAAGAAUAGUAUUUAACGUUCUUUGAAACUUCCUCGGGGUUUUAGAUUUUGAUAAGAGUUUAGAUAAGAGGACUUGAAAUCGAUUUGCGCUUGGGGCUCUUGAGGCAGUCUUAAUCCAACAUUAUUAAAGCCUUCAAUUUCUAUAACUAAACAAACUCUUAAUGUAUCGUAUACACAUAGUUUCCUAAGUAUCGUUUGUGCUAAAUAAGUACUUGUUUGAUUUCCGAUACAGUCAAUUAAGUGACGCACGUAAAUCUUUGAAAAUUGAGAACUUUUAAUAAUUAUUUAUGAAAACUCACAGAAAUGAUUAAGAUGUUAUAAAUCGUUAGCAUAAAAAUUUGUUAAAAAUUAUUCUGACAUAUUUAUUUUAUCUUCUGCUAUUGCUUUCUUACUAUGUUAACUAAAUUCUGUUUUUAAAACACGUUUAAUCAAGGCUACAACCGUUUACUUAAUAAACAAUAGUAAAAUUAUCGUAAGUACGGUGAAAGAAAGCGCAUUGAAUAAGAGAGAUCACGUAUACAUAUGUAAUCCUUAAGAAAGCCGGUCAUGCAUAAUUGUGAACAAUUAAUAAUUAACAUUGGUAUUAUUUUCUAAGCAUUUUUAAAAGUGGAAACUGUGUUGAUACAAUGAAAGAGCACUUUUACGUAACGUUCAGCUUUGGAUUACGGGAGAAGUACAUCAAUCUAUACUUCUCACGUUGCAAAGCGACAUAAUAAUUGAAGUGUGAUCUGAUUAUAAUUUUAAUAUGGGAAUAUAGUUAGAGAGAAAUGUAUCUUUUUUAUAAGAGAGUUUCUUCAGGGGAUUGAUAUGCAAUUAGGUUACAGUACACUUUCAGUGAAUGUAUCUUGCAUAAAGUUCUUGAAUCUCUAAAAAGAACUAUAAUCUAUUUCGUUAAAAAGAGUUAUUUGCACAAAUGAGAAAAUAAUUGGUUAAGACUUUAAUGACGUAAAUGAAUUAUUAUCCCAAAUGUGUAGAUAUAACGCGCGUAGCAUUAAAAUAAUUGUAUUUAAUUUAAUUUAUUUAUUGAGUACUAUAUCGAGUAGACAUGAGAUUUAAUUUUGCGAUAAACGAUUGUGACUUUGGAUAUUAUUUAUUUAAUGACGUAAAUAUGAAGAUACUAAUUUAUAUUCAAUUUGAGCGAUAUGUCGCCCAAAGCGUACAUAUGUAUUUAGAUUAAUCUAAUGUUAUUAAAAACUUGCGCGAUUAUACCAUUACUUUUUCAUAAUAUAUUUAUAAAUUAAUACAUAAAGAAUGUCAAAAAAGACAUUUGACAUCAGUCAUAUAGUAAGACUAUGAAAUGCGUUACAGUUUUCAAUAUAAUUAUGUUUAUAUAAUUAAAAUUCUAUUUAAAAUAGGUAAAAAACGGUAAGAACAAAAGAGAGUAUUUUGUUUUAUUAAAAAUGCAAAUUGUAAUAAUUCACUCUUAAGAAAAGCGUAUAAAGAUGAGGAAAGUUGAUUGCUCGAAAAUACUGAAAUUUAUUUUAUUAUCUCUUUUCCAUGAUAUCUAUUAAGUAUCGCGAUAUGCAUUAUGUAUUAUUUCAUAUCAAUGCAAAUCUGUCAUUGAGCGAAGAUUGUAUAAUUUGACAGUUUUAAUUGAAAUUGAAGAAGAACGAAAACAAUUGUAAUAUUCAACUCGAGCAAUAAUCUAUUGAAAGACUGUCAUCGGAAAGAUUGUAUUUUGGUAGCUUUUUUAGUAAGUAUGCGCGGCGUGUUGCUUUCGUCGGUAAGCACUCGACGGUAAAGUCCGUUUGUGACGUGUUGCUUUCGUCAUUGAUGAAAUGCAAAAUAUACAGAUUGCUCAAACACAACUACUAGAAAUAAUGUUUCCAAAAAAUGAAGAUGUUACUUGAACGAAACAGGUAUUAUGAUUGAUAAGCAAUCGAAAAUAAAAUAAAAUCUAUUAGAAACGCUUGUAGAAAAAAACUUGGUGAAGGUUUGAAAAAUAAGAGAAAUGUUACUAAAAAUGGUCUUACGAUUAAAAGCUUCUUGUACAUUCAAUUAAAUAAAAAUUAUUUAAAAAAUAUUAUUCUCUCUCUUAACAUAAAAAAAUUGUUAUAAUAAAACUUUUAAUCAUUAUACAUGUGAAUAAUAAAGCAGAUAACUAAAAUAAUUGCUGAAAUAUAUGAAUGGCAGCCACGUAACGCACAUAUGCUAAUCUCAUAAAAACAAUAUAUUAAUCAAUGUGAAAUCUUUUGUAAAAGAUGAAAUUGUGUAACAUCAAAUGGGCGGCGUAUCACAAAAGCAAUAAAUGUU